AUGUAUUUUUCCAAAUUUUUAGAAACAGCAGGAAUCCGUUGUUUUUGUGAUAAACAGACUUGUGGAGGAGGUGCUUUAGUCUGUGCAGGCAAAUAUUGUUUAAUUGGACUUCGAAAUGAUGAUGUUUCUGGAGGUAAUAAAUUAGAACAACACUGUGUAGAUGAACAAAUAUAUUCUAAUAAAAAGGUUGGGUGUGAAAAGGAAUGGCAGAAAUGGGCUGAGGUAUGUAUCUGUGAUGAAAGCCUAUGCAAUACUUUUGCCUUUCUACGCUCACAAAUAGAUGGAAAUUCUGAAGAACAACAACAACAAAGAUUAAUUGCCUCAGAUUAUGCAGAUUCAAGUGCCCUUACUCGUUGGAAAGAAACAGCAAUUCUUCGAAGAGAUUCCAACAACAACAACAUUAGAAUUGGGGAAAAUAUUUUGGACAGUGAGGAAAAUGAACCAAAUUCGAGGAGAAGGUGGAUGGAAAGACAACAAAAUAAACAACAAGGGGGAAGAGGGCGUGGGGCUAAUUUGGUUCUUUUACUGGUUGUACUUCCUUUGGUUGUUGGGGCUUUUACGGUGAAAAUUUUUUGGAUUUUUUUUUUUGAAAUUUUUUGGAGGGGCGCCCAAAGGCAUAACUGAAAAAAAUAAACAGUUAUGGCGGAUUAAGUUGGAUUUGUUGGGAUUAAGGGGGAUUAAGGGACAUAAGACGGAUAUUCUCUCGAGCAACUGUGGCCCCAAAGCCAUAAUUUCUGGGCUCUUGUCCAGAUCAGGGGUUAGCGCAUUGCGUUUUUUGCGUUGAUUU